AUUUCCUCUUUUUGGCAGUUUGCUGUAAUCACUUUUUGGGAUCAUCAGAUUUUCAGUCCAUAUUUUACGACAUAAAAGUAUAUAUAAUAAGGAAUAAUGAAUAAUAUGUUAAUCUAUUGUGUUAUUAUUUAUUUUUAUUUUGAAAUAGCGAUUGGUACAGUUUACAUAAAAUCCCGAGAGGUCAGUUCUUGGUCGUCUGCGCGUGAACAUUGUACACUUUUUGGCGGUCACCUAGCAACGUUGAAUGACUUCCAGGAAUUUCGUACAAGUGUUCAAACAAAGCAGACGACACUAGAUUCCGGCGAGGAAUUGUGGGUAGGAGCCUCCUUGCAGAAGAGCCAGUGGAAGUGGAAAGGAGAAAAUGCCGGUGUAUUUAAAGCUGGCGGUCAGUUUUAUGCAAGGGCAGGUUGUUUAGAACAUGAUUUGAUUGACAAUGGUACCCUGGUGGACAACCUAACCCCUGAAAAAUGUCUAAAUUUUUGUCAUUGGCAAGGAGUUGUUGGUCUCCAGAAUGAUAGAUGUUUCUGCGGCGAUGAGCUGAAUGUGUCUAGCAGUCGACCUGGGGUGUGUCAUAUAAAAUGUGAUCCAAACCAUUCGGAAAUGUGCGGAGGUUAUUCAUCGGUCUCUCUCUAUAAACCAGGGACUCAAAGAAUAUCUUGGGCAAAAGAAGAACCAAAGAUUGAAAACAAUUGUGUAUUCCUCCGCAAAGGAGGGAGAUACAGUGAUGUUGAAUACGUCAGUGGUAAUUGUGACAUGCGUGCGAGAUUUCUGUGUAGUUUCUAUGACAACGAAGUUUGUGGGUUAUACCACACGUGCUUCCGGUGGUCGACCACCCAGGCUACAUGGGACAUUGCUGUGCAGAGAUGUGAGCAGCUGAACGGAAGUCUAGCAGAAUUAUCAAGAUCUGGAAAAGAAGAUAUAAGUAAAGGAAUGGGUAGGCUACCUCCCGGGAUCUUCUGGGUGGCUUUAAGGCGUGACAGUGAUUGGCAGUGGAUAAAUGGCGGAAAUGUGAACUCUUUACUGUUUCAUUUCGGAAAAGGUGUCGCCCAGGAUCAAACAUGCUCUGCGGUAACAAAUGUAAACGGGGUCAUAGCAUUGGUGGCAGGACGUUGUGACUCGCAGAAACACUACCUUUGUCAGUAUGGACAUAAACCAACAGAUAUGCAUGUUUUCAAACCACGUAAAUCCCAUUUUAGAUAA